ACUUUCCCUGCUGGAUUCAUCAUGAUAACUCCAGCUUUUGAGCUGACCCAGGAUCCGGAUUUUCUUACAAUAAUAAUCAAAGUACCUUAUGCCAGAGCUUCAGAGUUUGAUGUGUAUUUUGAAGGGGAAGACUUUAAAUUUUAUGCUAAGCCGUACUUUCUCAGAUUGACACUGCCUGGAAGAAUUGUAGAAGAUGGCAGAGAAAAAGCAUCUUAUAAUACAGACAAAGGAACUUUUACAAUUCGGUUACCUAAGGAGGUUCCUGGUCAGUAUUUUGAAGGACUGGACAUGCUGACAUCUCUUUUAGCACCAAAGAAAUCAAGAUCAGCAAAACCUUUAGUAGAAGAGAUAGCUGCCUCUGCUGAAUUGUCUGAGGAGGAGGAAGAAGAAUUUGACUGGGAGGUAGAGCAGACACCUUACAAAGAAAGUGCAGAGAACACUCUACCAGUACAGUACCGUUAUGGGUUUGGGAAUCUGCGGUCAGGGGUGUUCCAGCGGCUGCAGGAUGAACUCAGUGAUGUUAUUGACGUCAAGGAUCCAGACCAAACUUCGGUAGAUGAACGUAGGAGGAAACGCCUGGCAGCUGAAGCUGCCAAGUUUGACCCUGAUCAUUACCUAGCUGAUUUUUUUGAAGAUGAAGCUAUUCAGCAUGUUUUAAAGUACAAACCAUGGUGGGUUGAUGCUCAUAAAAAAAUGACAGCCUUUCAUGGAGAAAGCCAUCAGGAAUAUGACACUCAUACAUUUGUUGUCUUCUCUGAAGAAGAGAGAGAGCAGCUGAGAAAGUUCACAAAUAAAUCUUAUAUUCUGGAUAAAAGAAGCCGUCAUCAUGUGUAUCUUGGAUUAAUUGAUAUCCUUCUGGCGUAUUGCUAUGAAAUCUGUGUCAAUGAAGGAGACAAUAAUGUGGAAUCAUCUUGGAACGUCAGGAAACUGAGUGCAACGUUGUGCUGGCUGGAGAGUUUCACUAGCAUUCAUGAUGUCCUGGUAUCUUUUGGAAGAAGAGUGCUUUGCUAUCCCCUAUACAGACACUUUGGAUUAGUGACACGUGCCUUCAGUGAUACAGUCAUGAUACUGCAAUUAGGAAGAGCUGCAGUUUUGAAGUGUCUGCUGGACAUUCACAAGAUUUUUAUGCAGAAUGACCCUGCCUACAUCCUUAAUGAUCUCUUCAUUACAGACUAUUGCAUCUGGAUUCAAAAAACUAA